CCUCGGCCCAGCCGCUCGACGUCAGGGCAAGGCGGAGCGCGGCUGCCGUUUGAAUUCCGGCGGGCUGGUGGCGCCGUCUCCCGCCGGGAUGGCGGUGCUGCGGCCCUUGGACAAGCUCCCGACGCUCAACUCCGGCGUCCUUCUGCUCGUGGGUUCGGACGAGGCGCUCCAGCAGAAGCUGGCGGAAGCGAUCCUCCUGGAGAGGAAGGACUUCAGCAUCAACAUUCACCUUGCUACAUCCCUCCCCUUACCUUCAGAGAGGGAUCAUCUCCGACCCAGGAUAGAUCUGGUUGUGUUUAUGAUUGACAUCAAGAGCAAGUACAGCUUGAAGAAUGUUGAAACUUCUCUAGCUCAUGUGGAUGCCAGCUUCUUCCUGGGGAAAGUGUGCUUUCUUGUGACUGGGGUUGGCAGGGUGAAUGCUUGCAGCAUUGAGACAAAUGCCAUCUGUAAAUUAGGAGAAGCCUACUGCAGUCCUGUACUAUUCUGUGAACUGGAGUUGGAAGGGAUUCGAGUUGCUACUGCUCAACGACUUCUGCGAAUGUUACAGAUCUGUGCUGGUCAUAUACCGGGAGUUUCUGCCUUGUCCUUUGUCUCGCUGAUGAGGAACUCUCAUGAUGAUUAGCUUCUCAUUGUGAUACUUCAGACUCUUUCAUCAGGGUUUUUUCACUUCAGGCAUUCAAGCUGCUGCAGUUGGAAUCACAUUGGGAAGCUUUUUUUAUGUGAUUUGUCAUGACCACUCAUGCAGAACAGUUUCUAGUUGCUUACCUCUCAAGAAAAGUUUGAUUCCUAUUCAGUGGAUAACAGAUGGGGAGGGCAGUUUGAAUUGGGGAGUUCUAUCCAUUAUUAUAUCUGAAUCCCAUUUCAUGAUCAAGUUUGAGUUUUUUCCACUUGGCCAGUGGUCAGGAGUUACAUGUUUUUCUGAGAGAAUAUUAGAAGAACAGGCUACUGUCUCCAAAGUACCAGAGAAGAGACA